AUGAAGCACGCUCUUUGGGCUCUUUCACUGCCAGUCCUGGCUCCUGCCACCCUACUAAGUCCUAUCAAAGAGUCCACCGCUGAGACACUAUCUCGUCGAGACUUCAAUCGGACAGAGUACAGAGCCUUGCCUCAGUGCGUUGCCAACUGCGUGGACUCCGUUACCACAAGCAAUGACUGCAAACCAUCGGAUACAACCUGCUUCUGCACGCGAGGCAACAUAACCGCGACCUACACAGCAUGCAUCCAAUCCAGCUGCAUGAUGCCCGCAGACCAACUCGAAGGGGCAAGAUACCAAGCUCAUACAUGCAACUAUCCCUACCGCACAAGACAGCCGCUCCAUCGAGGGGUACUUUGGACAACGUUUGCCGUUGCUACGCUGUUCUUCGCUUUACGCAUGUUUUCUCGCAUGCCGGCAUUGCAAGGCAGUGGCUUCUCUUGGGAUGAUCAUGUUAUGAUCUUUACGUACGGCAUGGCUGUCGUUGUGGCUGUUGCUACGGAAUUGACUCUUGUGAAUGGGUCUGGACUUGAUGAGUGGAGGUUGACUCCUGAGCAGAUCAGUCGGUACAUGCUGGUGUAUGGUCGGCCGAUAGAAUCACCCCACCCUUCCGCAUCACGAGCUGGAUCAUCAUUGCGGUUCUCAUCCUUUCCAUCAUUGCGUUCGACCUCGUGCGUCCCUGUCUCGAGCACUUGGAACUACAUCCAGGGCGAAAAGGGCAUAUGCAUCAAUUUGCCCGCCUUGACGUACUCCUACGGUGCCGUCAGCGUCUCUUACGAUGUGCUCAUCUUCUUCCUGCCAAUCCACAGCCUGCUCAAAUUGAACAUCACAUGGCAGAAGAAAGUUGGCGUGUGCGCCGUUUUCCUUGUGGGGUUCGUUGUCACGAUCAUUGCCAUCGUGAGACUGCAGUACCUCGUCCGCUUCCACACGAAACAGAACGCCACCUGGGUCUACCAAACCAUCUCCAUGUGGAGCAUCAUCGAGAUCAACUUCAGCAUCGUAGCAACAUGCAUGCCCGCAACAGCCGGCCUCCUCCAACGCCUCUGGCGCUGGUCCCACGGCGAAUCCCUCUCGACGUCCACCGGCUACGUCGCCAAACAAUCCCAAAUCCCCCCAACAACCGCCGACGACACCCUGAUCGGCUCCCACGACGAGAAAUCGCCCAAGUCCGACCUCGAAUCCGGGAACUCGCGCACCGACCUUGCGGACUGUGAGACGGCCCUCGCACAAGGCGAAGUCGAUGGUCGUGUCCAACGCGAGAUGGGAGGGCCGGGGACAGUCACUGAAACGCAUAAUCCAUCGUCGGCGGCGGAGGUCCUUUCACGUCACCAUCCAGAUUCAUCGUCUGGCGCAACGGCCCUUGUGCAUCAAAGCCACAUUCAUGGUGGAAAUGGAGGACAAAACAUCCAAAUCAGCCACGAACCGCCUAGCCAGCCUGCUGAGGCGGAAUUGCAGUAUCGUGAUGAUAGGGAUGUUUUGCAUAGGGUGGUUUUGAGGGAUGUGCCGGAGGGCAGGAUGCCGGGGAUUAGAUCGCGUGAGAGGAGGAAGACGAGGAGGGAUUUGACGGGGUUGCGGGCGGAGGUUUGA